AUGCCCCCCGUCCCCUUAGCCGGGCCUUCCCAAUGGCGUCCCCUCCUCGCUUCGGACUUCCCUUCGCAUGUCCAUGAACCUGCCUGCUCCGCGGCUGUGGACAAGCUGAGAGGUGUUGUUGUUCGCCUGUCUGUGCUGAUGCUAGAAGGCAUUCUGCACGCUUUUGGCCUUAGUCCUGUCUCCACAGAAAUCGGAGCUCCUUUUGUGGUUGCCAUCCUCCGUUCCUUCGCCAGUCAGGAGACACCCUCGGUGGCCGUUCUGCAAGCUCUGAAUGAGGAGCUAACACAGGGUCUACCUUCUGAUCCCGCCGUCGCCGCCGGUCCGCAGCUUUCGGAACCCCGGACUUCUGAUGCGGAGGACGCCCCGAUGCUUAUUGAGCCACCUGCUCUCAACCCUGCAAACCCAGCCCUACUCCGCAUCUCUGAUCAACCUACGACUGAGCCAUCGCCUGCAGGACAAGUGCCUUCUCUCCCUCCAACUAUGAAGCUGCGCCUGACACGCAAGGGCAAAAGGACGGCCCCAGUCGCCGCAACCUCUCCUCCACCUCCUCGCCGUCAACGCGUAGUAAGCAUCUCUUCCCCCACCAAGUCCUCGGACACGAGCUUGACCCAGGAGACAAGCGAGGCCCGGGAGAAGGCCUCUGAUCUGGAGGUGGCAGACCCGUCAUCGGACCUGACCGCUCCGCUGCCAAUCCAGAGUAUAUUACCUGCCCCGCCUUCGUCCUCUGGCGAUCAGCCCCUGGGCUCGCUAACUCGCUCAACUUCUCCUCCUCUCGUGCCUAUGAGCUCAGCCGUGCCGACUCUGGAACUGUCAUCUGCGGACCUGGCCUUUGAGGCUUCUUGGAGGCUUCCCUCAGAGACCGACCCGGCCUACACAUCCGCUGGCGACCUAUCUCCUAUCUUUGGUAGGGUCGAUUUCUAUGGGGACUUGGCUACCUCCUGGCAAUCAGCCAAUCGGCAGUUCUGGGAGAGCAGUUCCCCUUUGGAGGAGUUCGAUCAAAUUGCUCGCUCCCUGGUAGCGUUGGAGGCGGCUUUGAAGACGAGUGAGUCUUCCUUGGCUUCUGAAGCGGAUCGUCAUCAGGCGACAGUUUCUGAGCUGAAAGCCAGAGAGGCAGAGCUGCUCUCCCAAUCAGAGGAGUUGACGCUGCUACGGCAAGGUCAGGAGCUCUUGCAAAUGGGGUUGGCCGAUGCCCAGGCCCUGGCUAGUGCUGCCGCUAGCCGGGAAGCAACCAUGCGGACUCAGUGGGAAGCGUGCCAAGACACUCUCCAAUCCUUGCAAGCGGAGUUAUCGAAGGCCCAGGAAGCGGUGUCUCAAGGCUAG